AUGGCCACUCGCGGACGAGGUCGAGCCCGUUCACGAGAAAGUAGGAAUGCGCAACCGGCUAACAACCACGCCGAAUUCUUGGCGGCCAUGGCAAACUUAGCGAAUACCAUAGAAGCUAAUGCUACUGCGACUCUGCAAGCAGUGCAAAGAUUGGGCCAACCGGCCGGAAACGAAAAUGGGAAUGGUGAAGGGAAUGCUCAUGACAUUGCUGAGGGAAACGGCGAUAAUACGGGAGAUGUUUCGAUGACCUUGGCGACAUUCCUCAAGGUUCAUCCACCCAUUUUCCGAGGAUUAACUAAUCCUACUGAAGCGAACAACUGGUUCCAGGCCAUGGAGCGUGCUUUACAAGCGCAGCACAUUUUGAAUAAUCAGUAUGUUGAAUUUACUGCUUAUCAGCUGGCAGGACAGGCCCAGCACUGGUGGCAAGUUGAGUGCCGCUUGCUACAGCUUCAGAACACCGACGUUCUAUGGGAUGGUGCCCCGGAGACCUACGAGAGAUGGAAGUGCAUCAAGUACCAGAGGGGUUUGAAGGAAAGCAUUAUGACUGCUGUGGCUUCUAUAGAGAUCUGUGUCUUCUCCGACUUAGUGAACAAAGCAAGGGUGGUUGAGGAGUAUGCCAAGACUGUAGCGGCGUCCAAGGAUACUCAUGGAGGGAACACUAACAAGGGGCGUGGCAAGUAUUUUCAUCCGAGGGGUCAAAGCUUCAAGAGAGGAGGAUAUGUGCCUCAAGGGCAAGGAGGCUUCAGAAAGAACACCCAUGAUCAGUUUCAGCGUGGCAAAGGGAGAGAAAAUCAGAGUAAAAUUUCUCCGGAUUUAGCUUGUGAUCGUUGUGGACGUUUUCAUCCAUAUGACUCUUGCAGGAUUGGUUUAGGUGGUUGCUUCAACUAUGGAUUGCCCGGCCACAUUGUGAGGGAUUGCACUCGUGGGAGGAACCCGAAUGCGGGUCAGAGUCAGCAUCAGGGGCGAGUCUUUGCUGUGAACGCCAAGAAUGCUUCCAAGGCAGAUCCGUUGAUGAGAGGUAUUUGUUUAAUUGGUGAUAAGACUUUGAUUGCAUUAUAUGAUACUGGAGCAUCGCAUUUGUUUAUUUCGUUUGCUAAAUUUGAGGAACUAGGCUUGAAAGUGUUCGAGUUAGCUUUUGAUCUACAUGUACAUACUCCGCAUCAAACGAUUAUGACUAGGUCAGGUUGUAGGCAAGUAGGAUUUAAAAUGGAGGGUAGAGACUUUGUGCAUGACUUGAUCUGUUUGCCAAUGAUUGGAUUAGAGAUCAUUUUGGGAUUUGAUUGGUUGUCGAAGAAUCGAGUUUUGUUGGAUUGUUUUAAACAGUCGAUUCGAUUUAUGCCAGAAGGAGAGAGUGGAGCGGUGGUAGCUGUGGGGUAUUAUCUGAACUCUGUAAUCGUGCACUAUAGUGGGGAAGAGUGUCAGAGUUAUAUCCUGUUGGCUGCUAAUGCGUUGGAUGAUGUCCAGAGCUUAGAUCAGAUACCGGUAGUUAGAGACUUUCCGAAGGUAUUCCCGGAAGAUAUCCCUGAGUUUCCACCUCAGAGGGAGGUUAAAUUUGCGAUUGAAUUGGUGCCAGGAGCCGGAUCAGUGUCGAUUACGCCGUAUAGGAUGGCUCCGAUAGAGCUGGCAGAGUUGCGUGUUGAUGUAACACCGGAAUGUGGUGGCUUAUGCAUCGCGUCAGCUGAGACAGCAUGA